UUUGUUCUAAUCUGAAGAAGCAGUCUACACACAUUUUGAUUCAGCCCACAAAACGGAGCCAUUAGGUCUAGAAAAUUGCAUUUUCUCUCGACUAUAGCCGCAGCAGUUUUGAAGGAUAAUCGGCACUCUCGCUGCGUGGUUGUCCCGUGAGCAGCCGUGCAAUAUUAAUUGGUGUAAAUACAUAUCGCGAUCUGUAGAAAUGUAAUAUUCGCCAUAACUUGUGGUAUGGCCACGGACUACGGUUUCAAAUCGCGGAUAGCGUUGUUUGGAUUAUCGCGUGACGCACUUUGAUACACCACGAUUGUAUUCCGUAACCAAGAAGCGUGACACCAUAUUCGCCAAAAUCAUUUACAGAACCUGCUGAACCAAUCGUGCUUGUCAAACGGCGAUAACUAUUGGAUCACCCUUGCUCUGUUACAAGUGUAAUCAGUUUAUCAGUGCGAAAUUGCGAAUGUAGUGCGCUGUGGCGUUUUAAGUGGAAAAUUCGGUUACAUGGGCAUAAAUCUAUCCAUUCCGUGUGUGUGAUUAUUGUCGUUUUUAUUUCUGGCUCGAGUUUAUUUGAAUGUACACGAUCAUAACACUCAACGCGGAUAUAUCGGAGUUUUCGUGUCCCGAAACUGUUCUUCACCAUGCCGAUUCCGACACCAAUGCCUCGUCGCCAAAACCCAGGCCUGUACACAAUGCCUAGGCUGCCGAUUAAUACAGAGGAAAUAUUAUAACAUAAUUCGUAUCCGCUUGGUACGGCGCUCGGACUACAGACGCAAAAUGGCCAAGAGCAUACUGUGGGCAUGGACAUCACGCGUAUUGUGGAAAACCCGCUGGAUAUUAAUAAUAGAGAUUUUAGUAUUAUGGGAGACAUUAUUUAUCAAUGGAGUUUAUGCGGGUGAAUCGUGUCCCAGAGAAUGUUCCUGUCUUGGACCGUUUGUAGAUUGUACAUAUCGCAGUUUAACUGAUAUUCCCCGUGAUCUUCCGGUGUGGACAGAAGUAUUGCAUUUGCAGCACAAUUUUAUCACCAAUGUGAGAAACGGAUCUUUGAAGAAUCUCAUUAACCUUGAUGAAAUUGAUCUGGGUAACAAUUUGUUAACCAACAUGAGCAGUCUCCUCCUGGAACUUCCCUCCAGUAUUCGAAAAGUGAACAUAAAUAACAACAAGAUGCUGGACGCCGUAAUUCCUGUGGAAAUGCCGCAGUUAACACAACUGAAUCUCAGAUCGAACAACAUCUUUCAACUGCGAAGUUUGCGAGCAGCACUUAAUCUGGAUGCACUUGAUUUAUCCGACAACCAACUGAAGAAUUUGAACCCAACACUGUCAGAUAAUACCACCAUCUGGCCCACAUCUCUUACCAAAUUGAAACUAAACCACAACCGGAUAACUACUAUAACCAAGGAGAUGUUCAAAUCGCUAUCAGCUAUUCAGUCAUUGGAGCUGAAUGAUAACGACAUCUCCGAUAUUGAUGGACUUGCUUUCCAUGGCCUUACCAGCUUGACAACAUUAAAUCUGGAAAACAACGACAUAAAAUCUCUGAAUGAUGGGGCAUUCUGGGGAUUAUCAUCGCUUAAAACAUUAUAUUUACAAAACAACAAAAUCUCAUCCAUCCGCAAGGGGUGGUUGUAUGGAUUGGAUGCGUUACAAAUUUUAAACAUCUCACGGAACGCCAUCUCACGCAUAGACGACAGCGCGUGGGAAUUUUCACGAGAUAUCACACAACUAGAUCUGUCCUCCAACGCAUUAGCCAUUAUAAACAAGACAACCUUUACUCCUGCCGGAAAUCUGAUGUUUCUCAACCUCAGCGCCAACGCCAUCGUCCACAUUUCCGAAGAAUCCAUGAAACAGCUGCGCCGCUUGAUUACUUUAGACUUAUCCGAUAACCAGGUCGGCCCGACGUUGGAGUCACCAACCUCCGUAUUCGGCUGGCUGAAGUCUCUUCAGAUGCUGUAUCUACGUCGAACCGGUGCUGUGAUGUUAUCUGGGCAUGCAUUCGGUGGGCUGAAGCAACUUCAAGAGUUAGAUUUAUCGGGUAAUGAGAUAUCCAGCGCGGAACCCGACGCCUUCCGUGGCUUAUCAUCCCUUCAUAACCUUAAACUGAACACCUCUUCCUUUAUCUGUGAUUGUGACAUUUCCGGCUUCCUGCAUCUGGUGCAAACGCGUUCCUAUCCGGACGCUCAUUUCUCAUGUUUCUUUCCACCGGAACUGCGCGGCAAAGAACUGCGAUCUCUUACUCCAGGCCAAUUAAAAUGCUAUGACAAACCACGCCCAAAAAUCGAGAGCGAUCCCGAAAGCCGGGUCGUGGUGGUGGGAUCGAAUAUCACCAUUCAGUGUUCCGCAUCUUUUCCCACCGACUCAGCGGCAAUUAUUCGCUGGAAAAAGGACGACACACCAGUUGCCAACGCCAUUACCACCACUACCGCCCGUCUCAAUGGGUCUGUCAUGGUGUACGUGUCGAAAUUAACCAUCCCGCAGACGGAGCGGAGUAACUCCGGAAAUUAUCAAUGUAUCGCCACCAAUAACUUCGGGACGGUGUAUUCAUCCAAGGCCAAAGUGGCGGUCCACGUUUUCCCGGUGUUUGUUAAACAUCCACAAGAUAUAACGGUGCGCGCUGGUGCGACCGCCCGUCUGGAGUGUUCUGCUACCGGCACGCCUCGACCGCAAGUACGCUGGAAGAAGAACGGCGGAACAACCGAUUUCCCGGCAGCCCGCCAACGCCGACUGCGCUACGAGACCGGUAGCGAUGUGAUGCAUAUCGUUAACGUGUCCCGCGAGGACACCGGCGUAUAUUCCUGUAUCGCCAGCAACGCUGCCGGGUCAGUAAUGGCCAAUGCCACCCUGGCCAUCAGUGAUGGCAUCGGUGUGAACCUUGUCACGGAUAGUGCCAAUACCAAGUUGCUCAAUGUGGGCGAGUCGGCGCUGUUUGAGUGUGAUCAGACGUUGCGAGGAGAACGUUUUGCCUGGCUGAAGAACGGUGUGAUGUUGCUGCUGACGCAGCGGCAUCAUCUGCUGCGGGAUGGACGACUACUGGUGAUAUCAGAGCUAAUGGACGGGGAUUCGGGGAUUUAUCAGUGUGAGGCGGAUGGUGCGGAGGGUUAUGAUAUGGGCCCGGUGUAUACACUGCGUGUCAAACGGAAACCGAGUGCCUGGUGGGAUAUGGAUGAUAACACCAAACAGAACUGGAUUAUUGCGGUUACCGUUAUCGCGUCUAUUCUUAUCACCUCGUUGGCCUUCUUGGUUUAUAUCUACUGCACCCGCAGGAAACGCCGUGGAGUAUCAAGUGCAGCAACAGAAGAAACAAUGCUGCCCGACGAAUGCAAUCCCAUUAACGGUCUGCAUCCUUCUGACAGCAGUUUAGAUUCACCCGUGACCGAUUACACCGAAUACACCACGGUGGACAGUGUCGACGAAGCCUUCCCAACUGACCGCAGUGGAAGGAAUCGAAUCUAUUCUCACCGUGCGUAUCCGUCAAUGGAUGCCUAUAAUGAUGAAUCUUAUGUGGAAUCUCCGUCUUUCGCCUCCUAUGCAACGCUCAAACCGGCUAAAAGCAAUAAAACUUAUCACGCUUCGCCGCAUCGUUCUUGCAGUACGAUCCCGCGAAGGAUACCGUGAUUUAAUGUACUUUGACACUUUUUGUUUUGUACAAAACGUCGCAAAAUCCUUGAACGUCUGAAUCUUUGCUUGCUUUGUUGAAAAGAAUUUUGUACAUGUUUUUGUUGCAGAUUGUAAGUCUACCUCAGAAAAGUGGAAUAUCUAGUCAAAAUGUUUUAAUAUUUUGUUCUCACGUGUGUAAACAUUUAAUGAACUUGUUUCGGUCGGAAAUUUGAGUAAAGCCAACACAAAAAUAAAA